CAUUGUUCAACGAUUCUCUGUAACAUGAUUUUGCUUCGUGAAUUCCUAAAAGUGUGUCACCGUAGCCAAUACUGCCAAUACUCUGCAUCUGCCUUCGUAGAUAUAUUAUUUGAACAUAGAAACAAUGGCAAAUCAACAACAUCUUGAAUUUGAGGAGGCGAUUACUUGCCCAGUUUGCUUAUCACGUUUCGACGAAGCCGAAAAGAAGCCUAAAUAUCUCGUCUCUUGCUGUCACACAGUGUGUAGAUUCUGUCUGGGGAGGAUUUCUCGUUGUGGAACACUUAAACGUGUCGCCUGCCCCAUUUGUCGUUGUCCAACCGACUGCACAGCCGGCAUUGAUAGCCUUCCAACCAACAGUGAUAAGCUGUAUCUUUUGAAAUUAGAAAAACCUUUGCAUAAAAGCGAUGAUGAGGCCUUAAAUUGGUGUUUUACAUGCCGAAAAAGAACAUCUCCGAAUUGUUCCACUGAGAAGCAUUCCGUGAUUGUCAUGAACCCGCAGCUUCUUGACAGCAAUAUUCAGCUUAAUAUGGCGACAAUAUCUGCCCGUCUUAGAGGCUGUGACCAAGCAGUUUUACAAAAUCGGAUUCAAAUUGGCCUAAAACUGGACCAAAUAAGUCGUUGGCUAUCUGCUCACCAAGAAAUGAUUGAGCAACUAAGAACAGCCAAUGCUUCACGCAUCUCUCACCUAAGUGACAUAAUGGGAGUAUCUGAUAUCACUAUCAGCAUACAGAAGCUGAUGCAACUUUCGAUCAACAAAGAAGGCGACCUUGGAUUGUUAACCGAUAGUUUGCAAGAGGAAGCCGUCACGAAGAAAUUACUUGAAGAAUUUGAGGCUGUGGAAAAAACAGCUGAAGUGUCCACUAUGGGUCGGUUCAAUGCGCUUCUUGAAUUGCCUUGUGUACCCCAUCUUCGCAAAGAGCUUGAUUUCACCAAUUUCUUCGGAAACGACAAAAAUAUUUCUCAAUGGCCAGUUGUGUUACUCGAGUCCUUGGUGGCAAAAGAUCAAAAUCCUCCAAUACCUACCAAGAAUCCUUUUCGAUUAGGUGCUGCAGAGGUGUGUCCUUCUUUUGAUAAGCGUCAGAUAGAAAGCCGAUAUUUUACACUCCAACAAAAUGCUUCCGCUACUAUCAAUGCUUCUUCAGCCAGCACAAACACAAGAUCAUCUACCGAAAUGGUCUUACCAAACGUUUUCCGAUUCGGAAACAAUGGUAGUCCUGCUGCAUCCUCGUCUUCACCAUCCCAUAGUGGAACAAGAGAUUUUCUUUUGGCCCACAGAAGACGGCGGUUCAAUAACUCACAAAACCAUUAAUGUUUUAGGAAAUACGCUUGUUUAAAAUUGCCCAGGUUAUGAAAGCAAAAGGAGUAAAUUUCUUUCUUUUUUAAAUUAUCAUUAUUUCAUUUUUUUUUUUGUGUGAAUACGAAUUUAUAAUUAGAAUACACAUUUCUUUUCUGA